AUGGCUCCGCUUCGGCUCCUCGUGGUCGGCUAUCUCGUGCUGGACGCCGCCGCCUUGGCACUCGGUCUCGUCACGCUCGUUGCUCGUUUCGCCUUUUGGCCCAGCAUCUUCGUGCACGGCGAUGCCCUCACGGCGCUCUCGGCCAUCACGCUGGUUGUUGCUGGCGUCGGUCUUGUCCUCGGCCUGCGCCUCAAGCGCCACGGGUCCGUGCUGCCGCUGGCCGCCGUGCUCGCGAUUUGUAGCGCAACGAUCUAUGGCAUCGUCUUCCUCCUCAUCUUCCGCACGAGGGGCCACGAGCUCUUGGACCACGAGCUCUUGGUCAAUCGGCCCAUCCCAAUUGUACAGAACGAGACGCAAAACCCAUACCUCCACCAGUACGCUGUCUCGCUGUCCAUGCCAGGCCCGACGCCUUCUCGCGCCAUCGACGAAGCGUACUGCAUCCACGAAGGCAAGGUGUUCUGCGACACCCUUCCGCUCCGCGUGACCGGCGGUGGUCUGGCCGACGGGAACGCCGCCCGCACGAGCUUGAGCUCCCUCAACGCGUCGUCGACAUCACUGGCUCUCGAGGGGCUUCUCGUCUCGCCCAACCUGACGCUGAACGCCUACUGUGCGAUGCGCCGCAACGCCGUGCAAGUAAUCGAUGCGGGGAUCGAGGCCGCGUGCGCGGGCUGCGAGCGCAUCAUGGCAGCGACGAGCGACCCGCUGCAUUUGGCGCCGGCGCUUCGACGGCUCUGCCCCAUGCGCGAAGGCGACGCGGCGUUCGGAGUCUUUUGCGCCAUGUACAUGAGCGACCGCGUCGAGGGCUACCAAUUGCACUAUGCGCCUGGUCGAUGGUACCGGUACCACGGCUUGCGCAGCAUGGUUCAGAUGCCCAAUGGCUGCUACAAGGCGCUCGCGCAGGAUGCGGACCGCUACGUGACUCCGCUGCAAAUUACCGCCGGCAUGCUCGCGUGGACCACGACGACGAUCGCGAUUGGGCUAUGGCAGUGGCAACGGCGUCGCUUUCUCUUGGCCACGACGAACGCCGACGACUAUGUCCUCGCGUACCGAAGCGUCGGGACACCGUCCGUGUACCGCGAUUGA